AGUUUCCUCUCCACACUCCACUUACAACUUUCUUACCAAAUUUUCCUUUUCGGGUAUUGCUUCCCAACCUCAGGUACCCAAAGAGCAUCCGAGUGAAGAUAUCUGCAAUUUGUUCUAUUCUAGUUCAAAAAGAAGCUGAAUUGAAGCUCAUGAUAAAAGCAAAAGAUGAGGUAUAUAUGCUUAACUUGACUAGUGGGGUUGUAAUAUGGGCAAGAAAGGAAUCAUAAUCACUCACUUGCAACUUUCAGUUAAGUGUUUAACAAGCUUUCAUCAUAAAUCGUUGGAUUAGCAUUUUAUAAAUAGGCAACAAAACACAUGAUAAAGCAAAAGAUCAUGUGUAUGUGCUUAGCUUGAUAAGUGGGAUUGUAACAUGCAGAGGAAACGAAUCACAUUAUCAAGGCCAUGUAUAUAAUAUACACAUGCUGAAGGAAGUGGAAGAGAAAACACAUUAUCAAUAAACAAAGAGAGAUGGGAGAGAUUCACCAUAAGUAACUCAUCCCUGCCGCUGUGAGCUGUGGAUAAAUUAGAAUAUGGGUUUGGAGAUGAGUAGUACUGCCGCCAGUAAAGAUGAGGACCAGAGCAAAGAUUUGCUAAUUGAUAUCACUGAAGAAAACUUAUCAGAUACUGAGCUUGCUCUUGAGUGUUAUAUUUGCAGGGUUCCUAAAAGCAUUCGCCGAAUAAAUGAAGAAGCCUACACUCCUCAGUUAGUUUCAAUAGGUCCUCUUCACCACGGUAAAGAAGAAUUAGCUUUCAUGGAAAGACAGAAAAUAAGGUAUAUGGAAAGUUUUCUCAAGCGAAUAACAGUUGAGAAAUGUGACGAACUUUUAAGCUUCAUAGAAAACAACGAACAACGAAUUCGUAAUUGUUAUGCAGAGAUCAUUAAAAUGGAGAGUGAUGUGUUUAUAACCAUCAUUCAACAUGAUGCUAUUUUCAUCCUCGAGCUUUUUCUAAGGAGUUACCAUAACGAUAGAAGUGACAAUUUUUUGUUAAAGAUUCCAACAACAAGGUUUGCCCUAAAGAUGGAUUUGCAGCUACUAGAAAAUCAACUUCCAUUCUUUGUCCUCGAGGAAUUAUACAAUCUAGCUUUCGAAACUCCUACCUUCAGGGAUCUUUCUCAUAAAUUCUUAUGUUUAUCCAAUACCUUACCCGCUGAGAUGGUGGUUAAACAUUUCACCGAUUUGAGAAGAAGUACUCUCUUCAGAAAUUUCCCGCGGAGAAAGGAGUUAGAGCAAGGGUUCAUUUCAGAUUUACCUUGUGCAGUAAAGUUGCACGAGUCGGGAGUGAAGUUUAAGGGUAUUGCAGGAACAUCGUUACUCGACAUAAGAUUUGAGAAGCGAAAGCGGCUGAUUUCAUACUUUGAAGUUCAUGAAUUGCAAAUACCUCAUUUGGUAGUGGCUGACUAUGGGACAGAACGUUUGCUUCGAAACAUAAUGGCUUUGGAGCAGUGUCAUUAUCCAUCGAAUACUCGAGUUUGCAAUUAUGUGAGAAUAAUGGAUUAUCUUAUUAAUAGUGAGAAAGACGUGGAUUUGCUUGUUGGAAAGGGGAUAAUUAGAAAUCGUCUGGGAGAUAAUAUUUCUGUAGUGAAUUUGUUCAACAAACUUAGCUUACAAAUUCAUAGAAGUAGGUCAUGUUAUUAUAAAACCAGCAUGGAAUUGAAAGCACACUAUAACAAUCCUUGGAAUCAUACCAAAGCAACGUUAAAAAGUGUGUACUUCAAGAAUCUUUGGCGAGGCACCGCCACCGUUACAGCAGCUGGGAUUUCGUUGCUCACUCUCAUGCAAACCAUAUCUUCUAUGAAGCAAAUUAUGUAAUACCUGUAGGUGUAAUAUUGCGUUUUGGAAGUUUGUUAUUCUAAUAGUUUUUCAAUGUAAUAGCUUCCAUCAUUUCUAAAUUCUUAAUACAAUAAGAAUGCUUAUCAUCUCCAGGUGUAUAAAUUUUAUAA